AUGAAUAAAAUAAGAACUAAACAAACUCCGGAGAUGAACCGUGAAGAAGCCAGAGAAGGAGACGAGGAAGAUAAGAAGAAGGAAAAAAACGAUGAAAAGACGAAGACAGUUCCGUUCUACAAGCUAUUUGCAUUUGCAGAUUCCAUAGAUGUGUUCUUGAUGAUCUGUGGCUCAGUUGGAGCGGUUGGGAACGGUGUUUGCUUACCUUUCAUGACAUUGUUGUUUGGUGAUCUCAUUGAUUCAUUUGGACAAAACCAGAACAACAAAGACAUUGUUGACGUCAUCUCAAAAGUUUGUCUUAAAUUCGUCUACCUUGGACUUGGAACCCUAGGAGCAGCCUUUAUUCAGGUGGCUUCUUGGAUGAUCACGGGAGAGAGACAAGCCGCGAGGAUAAGGAGUAUGUAUCUGAAAACAAUUCUAAGACAGGACAUUGGAUUCUUCGACGUGGAAACCAACACAGGAGAGGUUGUUGGUAGAAUGUCUGGAGAUACUGUUCUUAUACAAGACGCCAUGGGUGAGAAGGUUGGGAAAUUUAUUCAGUUGAUAGCUACAUUCGUCGGUGGAUUUGCAUUAGCUUUUUCAAAAGGAUGGUUAUUAACACUGGUUAUGUUAAUUUCAAUUCCUCUUCUGGCUAUGGCUGGUGGAUCCAUGGCAAUUAUAGUCACUCGAGCUUCUUCCCGAGGACAAGCCGCUUAUGCCAAAGCAGCAACUGUUGUUGAACAGACAAUUGGUUCUAUCCGAACGGUUGCUUCCUUCACGGGAGAGAAACAAGCCAUAAACAGCUACAAGAAGUUCAUAACUUCGGCAUAUAAACAAAGCAUUCAACAAGGCUUCUCUACUGGUCUAGGACUCGGAGUAAUGUUCAUGGUGUUCUUUAGCAGCUAUGCUUUAGCCAUUUGGUUUGGAGGAAAAAUGAUUGUUGAAAAAGGAUAUACCGGUGGGUCUGUGAUCAACGUGAUCAUCAUUGUGGUCGCUGGUUCAAUGUCGUUAGGGCAAACAUCUCCAUGUCUAACCGCAUUUGCAGCGGGUCAAGCUGCAGCGUACAAGAUGUUCGAAACCAUUAAAAGAAAGCCUCUGAUAGAUGCUUACGACGUAAACGGAAAGGUUCUUGAAGACAUUAGAGGAGACAUCGAACUCAAAGACGUUCAUUUCAGCUACCCGGCGAGACCAGACGAGGACAUAUUCAACGGCUUCUCCCUCUUCAUCCCCAGCGGCGCAACGGCAGCGUUAGUAGGAGAAAGUGGAAGCGGAAAAUCAACAGUGAUCAGCUUAAUCGAGAGGUUUUACGAUCCGAAAUCGGGAGAAGUACUAAUAGACGGUGUUAACCUCAAGGAGUUUCAGCUGAAAUGGAUCAGAAGCAAGAUCGGUUUGGUUAGUCAAGAACCGGUUCUGUUCUCUUCGAGCAUUAUGGAGAAUAUAGCAUACGGGAAAGAGAACGCGACGGUUGAAGAGAUAAAAGCGGCCUCUGAGCUAGCAAAUGCGGCAAAGUUUAUAGAUAAGUUGCCUCAGGGGUUGGAUACGAUGGUGGGAGAGCACGGGACUCAGCUCUCGGGUGGACAGAAACAGAGGAUAGCUAUCGCGAGAGCUAUUCUCAAAGAUCCGAGGAUACUUCUUCUCGAUGAAGCGACGAGCGCGCUUGAUGCUGAAUCCGAGAGAGUGGUGCAAGAGGCUUUGGAUAGAGUGAUGGUUAACCGGACUACGGUUAUUGUUGCGCAUCGGUUAAGCACGGUUAGGAAUGCGGAUAUGAUUGCGGUUAUUCACCGCGGGAAAAUGGUGGAGAAAGGUUCGCAUUCUGAACUGUUGAGAGAUGUUGAAGGAGCUUAUUCACAGCUGAUUCGUUUACAAGAGAUUAACAAAGGACAUGAUGCCAAAACAUCAUCAGAGAUUGCGUCUGGACCAUCGUUCCGGAGUUCGAAUCUUAAGAAAUCUAUGGAAGGAGGAUCGGUUAUUAGCAGCGGGGCGUCCUCCGUUGGGAAUAGUAGCCGUCACCAUUCGCUGAAUGUUAUUGCUUUAGCGGCGGGGCUAGACCUUGGUGGCGGUAGCGUGAGCCAGAGGGUAGGUCAAGAGAAAUCGAGUCAAGAACCGGUUCCAAAAGUAUCUUUAACCAGGAUCGCGGCUUUAAACAAAACCGAGAUCCCGGUUCUACUUCUAGGAACCGUUGCUGCAGCCAUCAACGGCGCGAUUUUCCCGCUUUUCGGGAUUUUGAUUUCGAGAGUCAUCGAAGCGUUUUUCAAACCGGCUGACCAACUCAAGAAAGAUUCGAGAUUCUGGGCGAUUAUAUUCGUAGCUCUUGGUGUUACUUCGUUGAUCGUCUCACCGGUUCAAACCUAUUUGUUUUCAGUAGCGGGAGGGAAACUGAUUCAACGGAUUAGAUCAAUGUGUUUUGAGAGAGCGGUUCACAUGGAGGUUGGGUGGUUCGAUGAGCCACAGAACUCGAGCGGUACGAUGGGUGCAAGGCUAUCAGCUGAUGCAGCUUUGAUUAGGGCUUUGGUUGGAGACGCGUUGUCUCUAGCGGUUCAAAACGCUGCUUCUGCUGCGUCUGGAUUGAUCAUAGCGUUCACCGCAAGCUGGGAAUUGGCGUUUAUAAUAUUAGUGAUGCUUCCUCUUAUUGGUCUCAAUGGUUAUAUUCAAGUCAAGUUCAUGAAAGGAUUCACCGCGGAUGCUAAGGCGAAGUACGAGGAUGCGAGUCAGGUGGCUAACGAUGCAGUGGGGAGUAUAAGAACAGUGGCGUCUUUCUGCGCAGAGGAGAAAGUGAUGCAGAUGUAUAAGAAGCAAUGCGAAGGUCCGAUUAAAGACGGGAUAAAACAAGGUUUCAUCAGUGGAUUAGGGUUUGGAUUCUCCUUCUUUAUUUUGUUUAGUGUCUACGCCACAAGCUUCUACGCGGGUGCUAGAUUGGUUGAAGCCGGCAGGACUACUUUCAAUAAUGUUUUCCAGGUGUUCUUUGCAUUAACAAUGGCAGCUAUUGGGAUCUCUCAGUCCAGUACUUUUGCUCCUGAUUCUAGCAAGGCUAAGGUUGCAGCUGCGUCCAUCUUUGGAAUCAUCGAUAGAAAAUCAAAGAUAGAUUCGAGUGAUGAGUCAGGGACGGUACUGGAGAACGUUAAGGGAGAUAUCGAGCUUCGUCACAUAAGCUUUACUUAUCCAGCAAGACCAGACAUUCAGAUCUUUCGUGAUCUUUGCUUAACCAUUCGUGCAGGAAAGACCGUUGCUUUGGUCGGAGAGAGUGGGUCAGGGAAAUCAACGGUGAUCUCGCUGUUGCAAAGAUUCUACGAUCCGGAUUCCGGGAACAUAACUCUAGACGGAGUUGAGCUCAAGAGUCUGCAACUCAAAUGGUUGAGACAACAAAUGGGACUGGUGGGACAAGAGCCUGUCUUGUUCAACGACACCAUCCGAGCCAACAUUGCUUAUGGCAAAGGAAGCGAAGAGGCAGCGACCGAGUCUGAAAUUCUAGGAGCUGCUGAACUAGCCAACGCACACAAUUUCAUCUCUAGCAUACAACAGGGUUACGACACGGUGGUAGGAGAAAGAGGGAUUCAGCUAUCAGGAGGACAGAAACAGCGUGUGGCUAUUGCACGUGCCAUAGUGAAAGAACCGAAGAUAUUGCUUUUGGACGAAGCAACGAGCGCUCUUGAUGCAGAAUCAGAACGAGUGGUUCAAGAAGCGCUUGACAGAGUGAUGGUGAACCGGACCACAGUGGUUGUUGCUCACCGGUUAUCAACUAUUAAAAACGCUGACGUCAUCGCUGUGGUGAAGAACGGUGUGAUCGCUGAGAAAGGAACGCACGAGAAGUUGAUCAAAAUCGAGGGUGGGGUUUAUGCAUCGCUUGUGCAGCUUCACAUGACUGCUUCUAACUGAUAUGUUUAUGUGAGGGAUUCACAGUUUUUUUGAGUCAUGAGAGAGUCAAACCUAGGUUAUAUACUAAAUGAAAUUUUUGUUUUGUUUUCAAUAAAAUUAUCAUUAAUAGCAUGGAUAAACCAAGGUCUGGACAUUCGGGUCGGAUCCGGACCAGUUCUUCUCGGAUCCGAGUCUUAAAAAUUUGAAUCUAAUAGGUG